AUGCACCAUUACAACCCCCCCAAUAGAAAGAAGACGUUUGGAAUGAGGUUGAAUGGAGAUUCGGAUGAGGAGGAGCAGUGUUGUGUCCGUACUGUAGCAUCUGAAUACCUCAAAACGGCCCAAUUCGCAAAUCACCCCAACCCGCUUAAAACGCGCAAACGACGCAGAAUCGCAUGCCACGUCUCGGAACGCUCCGUGCCGCAGCCUAGUAGUCUUAUGCUAGUGGGGAUGAUGCCCCGAAAUGAAAGAAAGCGGUGGAAAUGGGCUGGAAUGCGGAUUUGGGGCCGGAGGAGUCUACUGCGAGCUAUGUAUGGUAUGCGAGGUAGUCAUUAUCGAUAUUCACGGUGA